AUGUCCAUCUCGUCCUCUGAAGACGAUUACGAUACAAUUGAAACAAUUCCUCUGGCUGGAGGCUCUUCUAAACCUGGAUUUAUUGGUCGACCGCAGGCAUAUCCAGAACGCAGUACAAUAGACUGGCAGUUUGAAGAUGUCGUAGAGCGCUCCCGUCAACAAUCUCUCCGCUCCCAGCGAGGCAUCCGCAGAGCCGUCUCCUCCUUUUUCGAGGCGACACGCGUCUGGCUCAUUCUAUGUCUCACAGGUGCAGGUGUUGGGCUCAUAGGUGCCAGCUUGGACAUUUUGGUCGCGUGGCUAAACGAUCUAAGGACUGGCCGAUGCAAGUAUGGCCUCUUCUACAACGAAGUCGCUUGCUGCUCCGGUCUCGAUGCCGGUGAGAUCUGCAUGGAAUGGGAGACUUGGAGCAACUAUUUCCACAUCCGAUCCAUGUUCAUCGAGGGACCACUGCAAUGGCUAGUCUAUGUCUCGUUGGCCGUGCUGUUUGCUGCUGCUGCUGCCAUAUUUGUCCGCACGUACGCGCCAUAUGCAUUUCACACAGGCAUUCCAGAGAUCAAAGCUAUCUUGGGAGGCUACGUGUUGGACGAAUUUCUCUCUCCGUGGACCCUGCUCAUCAAAAGUGUCGGUCUUGCCUUGUCUGUCGCCUCUGGAUUGUCCUUGGGGAAAGAAGGCCCACUGGUGCACGUCUCUUGCUGUCUCGCAUUUCUCCUCUCUCGAGUAUUCAAGUCCCUACGAGAAAACGAAGCGCAAAAGAGAUAUGUUCUCGCCUCGGCCGCUGCUGCAGGGGUCUCUGUCGCGUUCGGCUCGCCGUUGGGUGCGGUCGUAUUCGAGCUCGAUCUUUUCAAUCAUCAAGCAGUGAUUUGGCGGGCCUUUGUGACAUCCGCCAUAGCGGCCGUCUCUUUGCAAUACGUCGACCCGUACGGCACUUCGAAACUUGUACUCUUCCAGGUGCAGAACAAGAGCGUUUGGCGAGACUUCGAACUUAUUCCGUGGUCCAUGUUGGCUGUACUUGGUGGCGCCUUGGGAUCACUCCUCAUCCGACUCAAUGUCAAGGCAGCUGUCUAUCGUAGCAAGAGCGUAAUAGCAGAGUGGCCUCUCCUAGAGGUCAUCGUUGUGACCGCGGUCACGGCAAUCAUCAGCUAUCCGUUGAUCUUUCUUCGCGUACAAUCGUCCGUCCUUGUCUCGGACCUCUUCCAAGAAUGCGAUCCAAGCACAAACUUCUAUGGUUUAUGCGACCCAAACUCUACCCUUCGAAACGUCAUAUUACUCGUGCUGACCGCAGUGAUCAAACUUCUUUUGACUGCUUGGACAUUUGGUAUUCAAGUUCCUGCCGGAAUAUUCCUACCCUCCAUCGCCAUUGGUGCGACCCUUGGUCGUGCGGUUGGGAUGAUAAUGCAUGCUAUGCAUCAACAAUGGCCAACGUUGUGGAUUUUCAAUACGUGCCCACCGGAACCAGGAUCCCGAUGCAUCUAUCCUGGUUUCUAUUCCGUCGUCGGUGCAGCGUCCAUGCUCGGUGGAGUGACACGCAUGACUGUCUCUUUGGUUGUCAUUCUUUUCGAGCUUACUGGCGCAUUAUCCCAUGUCCUACCGAUUAUGCUCUCGGUUAUCAUAAGCAAGUUUGUCGGGGAUGCUUUGGGGAAAGAUGGUAUCUACACUGCAUGGAUACAACUUCGAAAUUAUCCAGCCUUGUCGAACCAACACAUUCUAGACAAUGGGCAGACCGCGGCGAGCGUCAUGAUCCCGGCGUCAAAGAUCUUUUGCGUCGGGAGCCAGUCAACACUGAGUGAACUUCAUGGACUUGUCACAACACAUACCUAUUACGGAUUCCCGGUUGUCGACAACGGUUCGCUCGUUGGAUAUGUAGCUCGAGAACGCCUGAAGACGGCAAUCGGACCUCUACUUGCAGAAACGCAAAAUGACGAUACUCAAAGCAUAUGUUCAUUCGUCCCACCGUCGGAUGGCUUCCGCGGUGCAGAUCUCUCAGACAUUGUGGACGACUCACCAUUUAGGAUGCGAAAAGAGAUGCCACUAGAACUCGUCAUUUCAACCUUCCAAAAGAUGGUGAACAUUUCCCCAUCCACUUCGACAUUUGACUCAUGCUUUCUCAGAAUCUCCGCUGUAUACUGUUCACCACACCAAGAGGAAAGCUAUGUGGAAUGUUGA